UGCACAGAAGGGGAUGAAAUAUGUAUUAGUAUGGACAAAACCAAAUCAUGAACCAAUAAUAUCUUGGGGUCGAGGACAACGGGAGUUUAUUAAACAUAAGUGUAAAGUCAACAGUUGCUACGUAACCCCAAACAGAUUGCUACUACCGAGCAUCUCACAGUUUGAUGCAGUUGCGUUUCAUGGCCCUGAAAUAAAAAGAAAAUACGUGCCAAGCCCAAAAGUACGGAGUCCGCAUCAAAAAUACGUGUUCGUCAGCAAGGAGUCAUCGCAUUACUACCCGAUUUGUGACGAGAGAUACGAUGGGUUUUUCAAUUGGACUUGGACUUACAGGUUGGAUUCUGACGAAUUUUACGGAUACGUAACCAUUAGAAACAUUACGGGCGAUAUCAUUGGCCCGAAUAAAAAUAUGCACUGGAUAAAACUGGAUGCCAUGCAACCAAUCGAUAAAGAGACAAAAGUUCUGUUGAAGAAAAAAAACAAGACCGCUGCCUGGUUUGUUUCAAACUGCAAUAGUUUAAGUAAAAGAGAAGAAUUCGUCAUUAAGCUGCAAUAUGAAUUAAAAAGAUACGGUUUGGGGAUAGACAUUUUCGGCAGAUGUACUUGGGCAUCGAAAAAAUGUCCAAGGAGAAGAAUGAAUGAGUGCUUGAAGAUGGUUCAAAAGAAGUACUAUUUUUAUCUCUCCUUUGAGAAUUCGUUUAGCGAAGACUACGUGACAGAGAAGUUGCUGACGGCGCUUCAGAAUUACGCGGUGCCGGUGGUGUUCGGAGACGCUAACUACACACGAUUCAUGCCAGAUGGAAUCUACUUGCACGGGGGUAAACUAAAGCCGCCCGACUUGGCGAAAGAAAUGAAUGAUAUCAUAAAAGACAAAGACAGGUACUACAGUUUCUUCAAGUGGCGUAAUCAUUAUUCUUACCACACGAAUGACGAGGCGCCAGAUUCUGAUGACCUGUGCAGAAUGUGCGAGAUGCUUCACGACAAGACUCUCGUGAAGAAGGAAACUGUGUACACGGAUUUCAGAAAAUGGUGGAACGUUCCAGGAGAAUGCUCAACAAUAUUUAGCUUUUUAAAAGCGUACUUUUAACAUGCA